AUGGCCAGGCCAGGCCUGCAAGGCCCCUGCAGGCUCAGGUGUUCCGGGUCUCCAUCCCCUGUCCCUGUGCCCCCCCGCUUCUGUCUGACCCGUUGUGGCUCCAACAGGCUCCCCUUCGCAACCACCCCCACCCCGGCCUCCCAUCUCUACCUCCACCCCCACUGGCCUAAUGCUGUGGCCCCAGAGGACCCAGCUGAGCUGCAGGAGGGCUCAGCCCCCAAAGGAGAAGUGGGGGUGCAUGCUGGGCCCAGCCCCCCUGGCCCACCCCACUUCCCAGGGCAAAGAGGGCCCAAGGUCAUAAUAAGAAGUAAAUAA